AUGGCGUACAACAAGAGCUACAACCCCGAUGCGCUACCAGCGCACGCGGAGCCAGAACAGGUCGCGCAGAUGCUUGGGAAUCUGCAAAUGUCCGGAAAUCCAAGCCAUGGUGCGAUGAAUCAAAAACCACUUCCAUCUCGACCACAAGUACAAAAAUCCUCGAGCAGCCCCCCGCCGGCUCGCCCACUUGGCUCAAACCCCCCGCAGCAGCACUCUUACAGCCACCGGCCUUCAGUCGCAGAUGGACAUCCCCCACCUCUAGGGCAAGCUCGGCCUCAUCCAUUGCAUCCCUCACCACCUCCUCCCAACUAUGGCUUCGGGCCGCCUCCAUCUCAGCCUCAGCGCAAUCGACCCCCUCCUGCUUCACGCCCUCCACAGUCGCCGCAUCCCCCUCUCACUGCGCCGAGCGAUGAUCCGCAGCAAUUAUUCCCGCUCUUCCGCGCCGCAAACACCUCGCAUACUGGCUCGCUCACAGAGCAUGAGCUUGGCUCUGCCCUGGUCAACGGAGACUACACUUCCUUCCACCCGCGCACUGUCAAGAUGAUGAUUCGCAUGUUUGAUCGGGACGGCAAUGGCACGAUCAGCUUCGACGAGUUUGUGUCGCUCUGGAAAUAUCUCGCGGCCUGGCGUGAGCUCUUUGAUCGAUUUGACGAAGACCGCAGUGGACGCAUCAGUCUGAAAGAGUUUGAGAAUGCGCUGGUCGCGUUUGGGUACCGUCUGACGACCAAGUUCGUCUCUGUGCUUUUCCGCGCAUUUGAGAGCAAGGCCAAGCAGGUCAAUGGACCUCCUCGGGUUGCUCCUAACCAAGCCCUGAACGGAAUGAGCUUCGAUCUCUUUGUGCAAGCGUGUAUCAGUCUGAAACGGAUGACGGACGUGUUCAAGCGGUAUGACGAGGACCGUGAUGGGUACAUCACCGUGAGCUUUGAGGAAUUUUUGACUGAGAUCAUCCUUCUUCAGGACUGA